CGAGAGCGGCGGCGGCGGCGGCGCUGGCCGUGGCCGUGGUGCUGGGAGCCUGGUGCGGCCGCGGCCGCGGAGAGAUUUGCAGGAGCAUGGACAUCCGCAACAACCUGACCCGGCUCAGCAUGCUGGAGAACUGCACCGUGAUCGAGGGCCACUUGCAGAUCCUGCUGAUGUUUAAAACCAAGCCGGAGGAUUUCCGCGAGCUCAGCUUUCCCAAGCUGACCAUGAUCACGGACUACUUGCUGCUCUUCCGUGUGUACGGCCUGGAGAGUUUGAAGGGCCUGUUCCCCAACCUCACCGUGAUCAGGGGGACUCACCUGUUCUUUAACUACGCCCUGGUGAUUUUCGAGAUGGUUCACCUGAAGGAGAUCGGGCUCUACAACCUCAUGAACAUCACCCGGGGCGCCGUGAGGAUCGAGAAGAACAACGAGCUGUGUUACCUGUCCACCAUCGACUGGUCGAGGAUUCUGGACUCUGUAGAGGACAAUUACAUCGUGGCCAACAAGGAUGACAAGGAGGAGUGUGGAGAUGUUUGCCCUGGGACCGUGAAAGGGAAGAGCAACUGCCCCCCCACCGUGAUAAACGGCAUUUUCAUCGAGCGCUGCUGGACGCACGAUCGCUGCCAGAGGGGUGAGUGCAGGGUGCUGGAGCUCAGCUCUGGGCCUGCUGUCACUGUUUUGAACCUUCCAG